UAUGGUUGGCGCUAGGAAAUCGGAUACAUGGCCACCGUUCUAGACUCCAAUUCCUUCGGCCUCACUUCUUGUUCUUCACCUUCUCAGUAUCGCUUCAUUCUCUCCCCUUCGCUUUGUCAUAACUUCUUUCACUGUCCCUUGAAACCACCACAACGACCGCCCACUUCUCUUCUGCACUCCACAACUACAACCUUGCUUGCUCCUCUAUUCAAAGAUUCGAAAUUUCACCAUGGCCUUCACUCCUCAGCCUCACCCAUCUACUUCCUUCCAUCCCCACAAACUUCUAUUUCUGAUUCAAAUCCCUCUCUUCUCCCGGAGGCUUCUAGUGAUGGGAAUUUUUCAGUCGUGUUGGACUCUUUCGUUGAUCGGCUUUUCAAGUUGCUUCGUUUAGCGACUCGAUACGGCGAUGUUGAACUCGCCAGGGCUGCACAUGCCUCUGUUAUCAAGCUCGAGGAAGACACAUCUCUGGGCAAUGCCGUCAUUGUGGCUUAUUUGAAGCUGGGUCUCUUUUCUGAUGCUUACAACGUAUUUUUGGGCCUGUCUUCCCCAGAUGUGGUGUCUUACACCGCGUUGAUCUCAGGGUUUUCCAAGUCUAAUCGAGAAGACACAGCUUUGGAGCUUUUCCUUCACAUGAGAAACUCGGGUAUAGAGCCCAAUGAAUACAGUUUUGUUGCGAUUUUAACUGCUUGCAUUCGGAUUUUGCAUUUGUCUUUGGGUCUGCAAAUACAUAAUCUAGCAAUCAAAAUGGGGUUUCUGGAUUCUGCUUUCGUUGCAAAUGCGCUUAUGGGGUUGUAUAGCAAGUGUGGGUACUACGAUGUCGUCCUCAAAUUGUUUGGUGAAAUGCGUGAGAGGGAUAUUGCAUCUUGGAACACUGUUAUAUCGGGUGCUGUCAAGGAGUCAAUGCACGAAACGGCAUUGCAGUUUUUCCGUGACAUGCAGGCAACUGAUGUUUUAAAAAUAGAUUACUUCACUCUCUCAACCCUCUUGACCGCUUGUGUUGCUAGUAUUGCUGUGAUGGAGGGCAAACAAGUCCAUGCACAUGCUACUAAGGUUGGAUUGGAAUCAAAUGUGAGUGUCGGUAAUACCCUUAUUGGAUUCUAUACGAAGUGUGGAACUCUUGACGAUGUGGUAUCAGUGUUUGAGAGGAUGACUGUGAGAGAUGUUAUUACCUGGACAGAGAUGGUGAGAGCUUACAUGGGGUUUGGGUUAGUUAAUUCAGCUUUGAGAAUAUUUGAUGAGAUGCCAGAAAAAAAUCCGGUCUCUUAUAAUGCUCUUUUGUCAGGAUUUUGUCAAAAUGGUGAAGGUCUGAAGGCUUUGCACUUGUUUCUCAAAAUGGUAGAAGAUGAUGUAGAGUUAACAGAUUUCUCUCUGACUAGUAUUAUUAGUGCCUGUAGCUUGCUUGCUGAUUAUAGAGUCAGCAAGCAGAUCCAUGGGUUUGUUCUUAAGUUUGGUUUUGGACCAAAUGUUUGUAUUGAAUCAGCGUUGCUUGACAUGUAUACAAGAUGUGGGAGGAUGGAAGAUGCCAAAAAGAUGUUCUGUAGAUGGCAGUUAAAGGAAGGAAGCUCUGUUGCUUGGACAUCCAUGUUGUGUGGGUAUGCUCGAAAUGGACAACCAGAUGAAGCAAUCUCUCUUAUCCAGCAUAGUCAAUUAGAAGGGACAAUGAUUAUGGAUGAAAUUGCCUUAUCUUCAAUGCUGGGUCUUUGUGGAGUUAUUGGCAGUCAUGAAUUGGGGAAGCAAAUUCAUUGCCAUGUUAUUAAAUUAGGUUUUAAAUUUGAUGUGGGAGUCGGAAAUGCAGUCAUCAGCAUGUAUUUCAAGUGUUGGAAUGUGGAUGAUGCAAUUAAGAUGUUUCAUAAUAUGCCCAAAACUGACAUUGUUUCAUGGAAUGCUUUGAUUACUGGUCACAUUCUGCACAGAUUAGGUGAUAGAGCAUUAGAAAUAUGGUCAAAUAUGCAGAGGGAAGGCAUAAGGCCAGAUGAAAUUACAUUCGUUUUAGUCAUUUCAGCGUACAGGCUAACUAACGUGAAUUUAGUUGAUGAAUGUCGUGGUUUGUUUCAUUCAAUGAAAACUGUUUAUGGUAUUGAGCCCACUUCUGAGCAUUAUGCCUCCUUUAUUAGCGUUUUGGGUUACUGGGGACUCCUGGAAGAAGCAGAGAAAACUAUCAGUAAGAUGCCUUUUGAGCCUACUGCUUCUGUUUGGCGCGCUUUGCUUGAUAGCUGCAGACUGCAUAAGAAUACAGUUAUUGGAAAACGGGUUGCAAAGCAAAUUAUAUCUCUGGAACCAAAAGAUCCCUCAACCUAUGUACUUGUUGCGAAUCUUUAUUCUGCUUCUGGGAGGUGGCACUGCUCUGAAGUGAUCAGGGAGAAUAUGAGGGAGAAUGGAUUUCGCAAGCACCCAGCUCAAAGUUGGAUCAUUUCUCAGAGGAAGAUGCAUUCAUUCUAUGCUAGAGAUAGGUCCCAUCCCCAAGCUAAAGACAUCUACCGUGGAUUGGAGAUUCUAAUCUUGGAGUGCAUGAAAUUGGGAUAUGUACCUGACACUAGCUUUGUUCUUCAUGAAGUAGAGGAGCAUCAGAAAAAGGAAUUUUUAUUUCAUCAUAGUGCAAAACUAGCUGCAACUUAUGGACUCCUGACAAGCAAGCAUGGAAAGCCUCUUCGGAUUGUCAAGAACAUUCUACUCUGUGGGGAUUGCCAUGCGUUCUUGAAAUAUGUAUCUAUUGUCACUAGGAGGGAUAUUUUUCUGAGAGAUUCUUCAGGAUUUCAUUAUUUCUCUGGUGGCCUAUGUUCAUGUAAAGAUUAUUGGUAAAAUGCCGGUGGAUCUAUUUUUUCAGCUUCAUAAAUCCUGUAAGUUGUAACUAUAAAUGCGUAUUCCUGGCCAAAAAAGGUAUAUAUUUUUAUUCUUUGUU